AUGAUGAAGUCUUUGCUGAUCCCCUUGACAUACUUCUGUCUUCAAACCUGGCUGGGAAUCCCUCAGGCAAAAUGUCAGGUGCAGCUGAGCAUGAUGGAUGAUGCUUUUGACGACCAGUAUCUAGGAUGUACUAAAGAAAUGGAGAAAAAAGCACAUGAACUGCUAAAGGAGGAAAUGUCCCCACCAUUUAGCAUGGUGUGGGAAAAUGCAACAAAAAAAUGGGAAGAUGUGAAAAUUACUUCUCCCCUCAGGGAUUAUGAUAAGUAUGGAAUAGCCCUCAUAGCCUAUACUGACCCCACCAGGGUAGACAACGACAAAGUUUUUUCAACUAUAUUUAAUGAAGCAGUAAACAGGUCUUGGAAAUCUCGAGAUGAUUACAUGAAGCAUUUCCCCUUCAAAGCCUUUCAUUAUUAUUUGACAAGAGCUUUACAGGUCUUACGGGAGGGGUGCAAUGUGGUGUACCGGGGGGAUCCUAAAAGUUUUGAGUACAAGGGGGGUAACAUCAGGUUUGGACGCUUUGCCUCUUCAUCUAUUAAUGAAAGAGUGGCUGAGGAGUUUAGCAAAGGGGGCACAGUCUUCACCAUCCACACGUGCUUCGGCGUGAAGAUACAGGCCCUGUCGUACAAUCCUGACCAAGAAGAAGUGUUAAUCCCAGUCCAUGAGAUAUUCAGUGUGUCCCGCAAAGGGAACAACCGCUUUGACCUCUGGAGCACAAAACAGACCUGCAGGCAUUUUAACUGCACAGAGCUGGGCGGAGAGAAGAUCGAAACAUGUGUUUACAACUCUGCUACCAGAAGAGGCCUGGUCUUCCCCGGUGUUCUGAGCCCAUCACUGUUUGGAGGAUCCCUCAUCCUGGUCCACGUUGCUGCUCUGAAGCUGUUUGCUGGUUUCUAAAUUGUCCUAUUUGUGUUGCUCACUUUUUCUCUCUAACACAAAUCAUGGCGAUGGGACUUGCCAGAUACAAAGUCGUCCUGCUAUUCUGCCAGCGUUCCAAAGGGAAACCAGGAACA